GUAGCAGCAGUAGCUAUGGGAGGGAGGUGUGUGCAGUACACACACAGCGUCACCCGGCACCGACCGCCCUGCUGCUGCCUGCGCCAGUCCCCGCAGCUCCCCUCCUCCAGCCUCCAAGCGGUCACAGCGGCCCAUGUCACCUCUGUGUAAGCGGCGGCCGGGAGCUGCUGCCCGGUGACUGGGAGGAGACCUACUUCCCCGGCUACCGUGUGUCCCGUCCCCAUCCGAGCACCCAGCUCCCGCCGCCAGGCACCUCCCCUCCUCCCCCGCCCGGCAGCAGCGUCACCCAGCACCGGCCAUGCGCGACUAUGAUGAGGCGACCUCCUUCCUGGGGGACUGGGGACCCUUCCAGCUCACCAUCUUCUUCCUGCUCAGCGCCAGCAUCAUCCCCAAUGGCUUUACCGGCCUCUCCGCUGUUUUCCUAGCUGCCACCCCCGAGCACCGGUGCCUGGUGCCCGACAAUGGCACCCUCAGCCUGGCCUGGAGGAAUGUCAGCAUCCCCUGGGAGGAGAGGGACGGGCAGCAGGUGGAGAGCAGGUGCUGGCGGUACAGGCUGGAGACCCUGAGGACUUACUCUGCCCUGGGGCUGGUGCCCGGGGUGGAUGUCAAUGUGAGCGGUAUACAGAGGGAGAGAUGCCUGGAUGGCUGGGAGUACAGCAGGGACAUCUAUCACUCCACCAUUGUCACAGAGUGGGAUCUGAUCUGCGAUAAUGACUGGAAAGGGCCAUUAACUACCUCACUCUUCUUUUUGGGAGUGCUCCUUGGCUCCUUUGUGUCGGGACAGAUGUCAGACAGGUUUGGCAGGAAGAAAGUCCUGUUUUUUACUAUGGCUGUUCAGACCGGCUUCAGCUUAGUACAAGUCUUCUCCAUCAACUGGGAAAUGUUUACAGUGUUGUUCCUCAUUGUUGGAAUGGGCCAGAUCUCAAAUUAUGUGGCAGCUUUCAUACUUGGUGCAGAGAUACUCGGCAAGUCUGUGCGCAUUAUCUUCUCUACGCUGGGCGUGUGCAUAUUCUAUGCGGUGGGAUACAUGUUGUUGCCACUGAUUGCGUUCUUCAUCAGAGACUGGCGGAUUCUCCUGCUGUCCCUCACUGUUCCAGGCCUGUUCUGUAUUCCUUUGUGGUGGAUUAUCCCAGAGUCUCCUCGAUGGCUGCUGUCUCAGGGCCGAGUGAAUGAAGCAGAAGACAUAAUAAGAAGAGCUGCCAAGAAAAACGGCAUAACAGCACCUGAAAUAAUAUUUAGUGUAUCGGAGCUAGAAGAUCUGAAACGCCAGUCUCACAAGACUUACACCUUUUAUGACCUGCUGAGAACCCGGAACAUCCGUAUCAUCACAUUUCUAUCAAUUUUACUCUGGAUGGUAAUAUCAGUGGGAUACUUUGGCUUAUCCCUGAACACUCCCAAUUUGCACGGCGACCCGUAUGUGAACUGCUUCCUGUCUGCUAUCAUUGAAGUCCCUGCUUAUAUCAUAGCCUGGGUGCUCCUCCGCAAAUUCGCCCGCAGAUACUCCACAGCUAGCACACUGUUUCUCGGGGGAGUUGUUCUCCUCUUCAUACAGCUAGUGCCUCAAGAACUUAACAUCCUGUCCAUCGUGCUGGUCAUGCUCGGGAAAUUUGGAAUCACAUCUGCGUUCUCCAUUGUGUACGUGUACACUGCCGAGCUUUACCCUACUGUAGUAAGGAACAUGGGACUUGGUGCCAGUUCUAUGGCAUCCAGAUUGGGCAGCAUUUUAUCCCCUUACUUUGUUUACCUUGGUGCGUAUGACAGGCAUUUGCCUUUUGUAUUGAUGGGCAGUCUCACAGUCCUUGUUGGCAUUUUUACCUUAUUUCUCCCAGAAACAUAUGGCAUGCCACUGCCAGACACCAUUGAGGAGAUGCUCAGAAUAAACGGAUUUACAAAGUACAAAAGAGGAGUUAGACAUUCACGACAGAAGAAUGGAAACGUGAGGGAGCUUUCUAACACUGCAUUAUGAGACUAAGCUGCUGUCAUCUCCACGCAGAAUGGAUCUUUAACUGAAGGUGUUUGUCCAAAACUGAACUGCCGUGUUGUUUAACCCACAGCUCUAGAGACUAUAGGCUAUGGGCUCAAUGAUACACACGCCAGCUCCUAACACUGCAUUUCUCAGUAACACCUCCUAUGCCAGGAGAGCCACUGCGGUGUGCAUUAUCUUCAACACAGAUCUGCUGCAGAUUGCAUCGGAGGGAAAAGCUGCUGUCAUUUAUGUGCCAAUUUAUUUUUAUUUAAUUCUCUUCAUAAAAUUGGCACUUUGUAAGUGUCCAGACACAGAAGAUUGAAAGAUCAUAAAGCAACAGGGAUUUGGGGAAUUAGAGGGUCAUGUGGAAACGCACAAAACUGAUAAUACGUUAUAACUACUAAUUAUGUUUUGUUUUUUUAAAUAUAUUAUGUCCUUUUAUUUCAUUUAUAUGCAGCAUUACUGACCACUCUACUUGCACCUUUACUAAAACUGGGCCACCUGCAUUCCAUUGUCCUAGAGUACUUUAUUUAGUGGGGAGUUUUGGACAGGGCUUUUACAACCCAAUACUUGGCAACCAGUAACACACUGGUGGGAAUUCAUUUGCCCGUGGUAAAAAUGUGACUAUACCACGAUUUUUGUUUUUGGGAGGGGUGUGAAAACACACAGGUCCGUGAGCUUAUGUGUUUUCGUGGCCGUUAUCACGAAAACAGGACACUUAUUGUGGAUUUCCCUAAUAAGUGCUAGCGUCUCCCUUCCUUCAGGGCUAAUUGAAUAUCCCUGGAGGAUCAAUUAUCCCACUGUAAUUGAAUCCCACCCCCAUAACCUUUUAACAAUAUCGAGCAGAUUUGGGCACCUACAGAAAAAUGUACCCUGUUGAUCACAGUUGCUGAUGGAUGGGAUUCAAUUCAGAUACCAAAGUUAUAUAAUGUUUUUCUCCUUAAGAAAAACUUUUUCCUUGGGUUGUAUUCUCUAAAAGUCAUUGCCUAUUGCCAAUAAUGGAGUAAUCUAAAACACAAAAUGGGCAUACAGUAUUUAUGAAAACUGGUACCUAUAGCAACCAAAUAAUUUCUGUAAUUUUUCCAAUGUAGCUGAUAGUUAAUGAAUGAAAGCUGUAGAUUACCUCAUUACACCUUAUUUAUGUGUAUGUCCCCCCACAGUGCGUGCAGCAACUUCUAGUGUAGACAAACAAGAAAGUGCUGUCAGCAUUUUAACGUCAGAUAGUUCAGAUGAAUUCAUGAAUUGUAGCUGUUUUGUUGAUGCUUCCAUGUACUGUGUUGGCUGACAUUUUGAAUAAUGCUUUUUCUCUUACGUCCUAGAGGAUGCUGGGGUCCACAUUAGUACCAUGUUGUAUAG